UUUGUAAAGGUGUAGUUGUUGAUAGUGUUCAAACUGCUCAGAAGAUGAAAGGCUGUACCUUUGUGAAUGGUUCAUUGGAAAUACAAAUUCAUGGAGGGGGUAAUAGCAUUAUUAAAGAACUUGAAGCAAGCCUUAGUAACAUUGAAGUAAUUCGAGGUUAUCUGAAAAUCGCCAGAUCUUAUCCUCUUGUCUCGUUAAAUUUUUUACGCAAUUUGACUCUCAUUAAAGGGGAGCAGCGUGACAAGAAAGACUAUGCCUUUCUAGUCCUAGAUAACCAGAAUCUUCAAGAGUUAUGGGAUUGGGAGAAUCGUAAAGUGAAUCUGACCAUCGCUGGAGGAAAAGUAUUUUUUCACUUUAAUUCCAAGCUGUGCCUUCAUAAAAUCAAUGAACUUAAAAAAUAUGCCAAUGUUAAAGAUUGGGAUGACACAGAUGUAUCACCAAGCUCAAAUGGGGAUAGAGUGGCAUGCAAUGUUGUUAAAAUGGAGCUAGAAGUAUGGAUUCUUUCACAUGGAGUAGUUGGCUUGAGGUGGAAGGAUUUUCGCAAGACUUAUACUGAUAUGGAUUUUCGCUCACUUCUUGGUUAUGUGAUAUAUUAUAGAGAAGCCCCUGACAGGAAUGUUACUAUGUACGAUGGCAGAGAUGCCUGUGGUACAGAUGAUUGGAAAAUUAAUGAUGUUGAAGCUAAUGAUGAUCCUGAUGCAAAUGAUGUGGUAGCUAUAAUACCUCAUUUACAACCAGCUACUACUUACGCUGCUUAUAUGAGGACGUAUACAACAGCUUCUGCAUUAGUGGGUGCUCAAACUCCAAUUAUUUAUUUUACAACAAAGCCUCACACAUCAUAUCCUCCUGUAAAUGUUCAAGCUCAUGCAAGUUCUCCUGAGGAAAUAGUUAUCCAAUGGCAAAGUCCAAGAAAACCUAAUGGAAAGGUUACUCAUUACAUAAUUAAUGGUUUUCAAGAAAAAGAUUCAUUUGAAUUUAUUAGUCAACGAAAUUAUUGUAAUGAACCAAUGGUUAUGUCUGACAUUAAAAAAUCUGAUAAAGAAAAAGGUACUGUAAUUGAUGAGAUUGUGGCUGAAGAAAAGAAGAAAUACAUGGAAUUAAAUAGCGAGUAUAGAGAGUGUUGUUCUUGUUCAAAAAGUAAAACUUUAUUUUUUCAAGAAGAAGAAGCUGAAGCUGAAAUACAAUUUGAAGAUUAUAUUCAGAAUAAUGUUUUCCAGAAAAACCCUAAGAGGGUUCAAAGAGCAAAUCAAACUGACAGUGAUUUACAGUCUUUGAUUAAUCCAACUACAGCUUCUAUUUGGGAUUCAUCCACAGAAUUUUUUAAUGAUACAUUCCCAUCCGGAAGGUUAUCCAGUACAAGUACUACAACAGCAGCAACUACGACUACUGAAGAUACCACUAAGAUAACUAGUUCUCCAUCACCUAUUGAAGAAGGAAACUUCCAAUAUAUUGUUUACAAUGCUACAUUUUUUGCAGUCAAGCAACUUCAUCAUUUCACAGAGUACAGAAUAGAGGUAAAAGCAUGUCAUGACAAACCUUCAGAAAAACCAGUAAUGGAUGACUAUGAACAGUGUAGUCCUCAAGCCAUUACGACUGUUAGAACGCAUCCACUUGGUGGUGUCGAUGAUAUUGACAUUAGUACAGUUGAAAUAAAAACUGAAAACUUUACAUCUGGUGUAUUAUUUGUUAAAUGGGAUGAACCAAAAGACUCCAAUGGUUUAAUAGUUAAUUAUGAUAUAGAAAUAAAAUUGGCUGAAAAAAGUGAACAUAAACGCUUGCCUGUAUGUAUAACACAACUCGAGUACCAAAAGGAAAUGGGAUAUAGAUCUGAUUUUUUAAAGCCUGGAAACUAUUCUCUGAGGUUAAGAGCAACAUCACUAGCUCAUACUGGUAAUUGGACAACUCCACUUUACUUUGUAAUCCCUGAUACAAGAGGUAAUUGA